AUGCUUAUUCACAGUGGUGAACAACCCCAUCGAUGCAGUAUAUGCAAUAAGACAUUCACACAUUUAUGUAAUCUGAAAAGUCACAUGCUUAUUCACAGUGGUGAGCAACCCCAUCGAUGCAGUAUAUGCAAUAAGACAUUCACACAAUUAUGUAAUCUGAAUAGUCACAUGCUUAUUCACAGUGGUGAUCGACCCCAUCGAUGCAGUAUAUGCAAUAAGACAUUCACACUAUUAGGUAAUCUGAAAAAACACAGGCUUAUUCACAGUGGUGAGCAACCCCAUCGAUGCAGUAUAUGCAAUAAGACAUUCACACAAUUAGGUAAUCUGAAAAGCCACAUGCUUAUUCACAGUGGUGAGCGACCCCAUCGAUGCAGUAUAUGCAAUAAGACAUUCACACUAUUAGGUUUUCUGAAAAUGCACAUGGUGAUUCAUAAACAAGAGAGUCCUUAUAAAUGUGAAGAAGUAUGUAAUAAGGAAUUUAGUCAAUUGAAUUAUUUAAAAAGACACAUGACACUUCAUAGUCAGAAGCGUGGUAAAAAUCAAUGA